CUUCAGAGGGCGCAGUCGUUCGUGGCCGAGAUGGCGGGCGCGGCCGCGGCGUGGGAGAACCCAGCUGACGGCCUCGAGGUGUCGGGCUCGAACUUGCUGCUGGAGAUCCACGGGGCGACAGAGGCUAAGGGAUCGUUCUUGAAGCCCUACAGCAUCAAGAAGCUGACGCUCAUUCCUGGCACUCAGACGGGCGAGGGGGCCGCUGAGAAGGCGCCCAGGCUGAACAGCAUGAGGAAGGCUGUCACGAAUCGCUCUUGCCUGUUCCGCUGGAGCGCGGCAGAGGUGAUGCACGCGGUGCAGGGCGCCAAGGCAUGCGAGCCCAACUUCGCAGAGGUGGCUGUUCCGCCGAACAACAAGCCCACGUACCCCGUGGUGCCCACGCAGAUGGCCGAGGGCGACGCCACGGGCCCGCGCGAAGAAGCCGUUCGGGACCCAACUGCCCUCCAAAACUACAUGGAUAAUCUCGGGAACUCCCGGCACGAGAAGGAGGAGAAGGCGAAGCUCAAGAAGUACCCGACGUACGUUCGCACGCACGAAAAGGAUGGCGAGCGCUUUCCGGGCGGCAAGGUCGUCGACGGGACGCACGUCCAGCGCGAUGGGCGCAUGUUCGCGGUCGGCCCAUCCCAGGAAGGGCUCUCCAACAAGGCGCGCGCCGUGGCAGGCAGCGGCCAGACAUUCGGUGUCGACUUCGUAACGUCGGUCUUGCCCGUCAUCAAGGCCAUCGCCGCGACGGGCGACGCGUCCCCGCCUGGGCAGAUCAUGAAGAUCGCGACUGACCCAGACGCGCGCACGGAUUUCCUUGCCGAGUAUCACAGCCAUGAGGGCUUUAUCGCAAAUUCCAGUGGCGCGCCCCGCAUGGCCGUCCACGAGGAUUGGGCCGCCCUUGAAUCCGCGGUGAAAAACAUGAAGGGGCGUGCUCGGUCGGAGCUCUUGGAGAAGGUCAGGUUCGCGCCAGUCAAGAACGCGCCCCCGCUCGCCGACGCAGAGGCGCGCCGCGCGUUCGUUGUCGCCCAGGUAGUGGGCCUGGCCCCCAAGGAGUACACCUUCCCGUCGCGCGAGCACCCAUGCAGAAUUUCUUUCAACGCAGAGGGUGGCCGCGCGGGCAGGCUUCGCCGGCGCGGCCCAAGCUGCGAGGAUGGGUGCUCGGAGUGCAAUGGCGACAAGGCGUGCGCGUGUAACUUCACAUUCUUCCAGGACGCUCGCAUGUAUUACUGGAUGGACAAGGUGGGCUGCUUGGCAAUGCGGAUUGCAGAUGACACCCGCAAGAUAAUGCUGCAGGAGCUCUCCCGCAUCGACCACAAGGUCGUCGACGCCCGGAUUCCCGAAUUCCGCCGGGCGACCAGCGACUGGCGCGACGCGGCGCCGCCGCAGACGAUCAAGAACUCGUUCGAGAAGCAGGGGGGCAUCGCGGCUAGAAAGCCGGCGGCCGCGAGCCCAGUCGCCACGAAGUCCAAGCGCGCCUCGGCAAUGAAACCCCCCAUGAAGAAGACCGCGACCAUGAAGCGCUCAACCACGAAGAAGACCGUCGGCCGCAAGUUCGCAAAGCAGGCGAAGAAGACCAUCCACAAGAGGGCGCUCAUAGCGGACGAAUCCUUCCUGAACAAGCGAAAACCCGGCAAACUGAACAAGCGCGCCAGGCCGCAGAACAGUUGUGGAUCUGGGGAGAUGCCACAUAAUAUCAGCCUGCCGAACACGCAGAAGGGGCGCGCGCUCGUGCCCGACAAGUGGGGCGCGGCGAUGUCCGCCGCGAAAGCGCUGCGCCGAUCCCGCGGCCUGACCGAAACGGCCCUUCCCCAUGAGCCGGUGAAUCACGACGCGGGGGAGGUUCUGAACGAGAGAGGCUUCUCCACACAUGCCGUCGAAGCGAAGUGGAGUGCUCUCGAGCGGUGGGUCAGGGGCAAGCAUGGCGGCCGAUUGCCCAGCCACUCGCACGGGGACAAGUGGCGGCAAGUCGCCAACGAGUCCCAGGCCAG